AUGGGUGUUAGUUUCUCGUGUGCCCUUGAUCAAGUAAUGAACCAUGUCUGUAGCUGCCUUGGCGGUGAAGUCAAUUAUAUUUGUAACCUUGAUAAGAAUCUGGCGGCUCUGGAGAGAGCCAUAGAGGUACUCAGAGCAAAGCGAGCUGAUGUGUUGACAAAGGUGCAUAGGGAAGAAAGGCAAGGUCUACAAAGGCUUAACGAGGUUCAGGUUAUGUCUUUGUGGUCUUUGUACUAUAGCUACGGGAAAAAGGUUUUUGAGAUGUUGAAAGAGGUUGAAGAUCUCAAAUCUGAUGGAGUUUUUGAAGUGGUGGCUGGGCCACGUACGAAAGAUGUGGUGGUGGAGAUGUCUCUACAACCGACGAUUAUUGGUCAAGAUAUAAUGAUCGAAAGGGCAUGGAACCACCUCAUAGAUGAAGGAACCGGGAUUAUGGGUCUCUACGGUAUGGGUGGAGUAGGAAAAACAACACUUCUAGCACAGAUCAACAAUAGGUUUCUUGGCACAAAUGAUGGGUUUGAAAUUGUCAUUUGGGUUGUGGUGUCCAGAGAGCUACGAGUCGAUUAG